AUGCUGAAGCCUGAUGAUGAAGAGGACGACCUGGAAAGACAAGACUGUGAGUAUAUUCUCAACCUGGCCGAGCUCCUCGUUCGGUCGGGGGGCUCGGAAGCACACCCCAUCUUCACCUGGCACGCCGACCUUAUUCCCCCUUUAUAUCUCGUCGGCUUAUCUUCUGGAGAUGCCGAUAUCCAGCAGAGAACCACCACGCUACUUCGGUCGAUGCGCCGAAGGGAGGGGAUUUGGGAUAGCCAAGAGGUAGCCGAGAUUCUCGAGACUAUGCACCUGGCGGCAAAGCAAGACUUGUUGGCAUCGGACAUGAUCCCUUGUGGCAUUACGCAGUUGGCGAAGAUGCUUUCAGAUCUUCGACUGCCGUCGCUAAGUGCUGCGAAUGGGGCCCUGCUCCUACCACUUCCGGACGUGGAUAAAUAG